GCAACGACUGAUCAAAAGAUACAGGAAGUGACAUGCUGGUUGGUGCAGGCCUACGAUGAGCUGCUGGAGGGAUGGGACUCCACCGAGGGAGAGAGCUACUCAGAAAGAUACCAUGUCUUUCAAACCUUUCUGGUGUCCUUUAAUGAGCAGCGGCGUCCCAUCAUGCCAUUGUUGACAGCCAUGAGACGAACCCCGAAACUGAGCGAUGAGCAGCGGGCUCUCAGAGAGGCGUGGGACUCCCUCACUGAAAAGCUGCGUGAAUACAAAGUGGAGUUGGACAUGAGUGUCCCGGCCCCCCUGGACACUGUGGCUCGCUGGAUGCUGAAAACAGAGAAGGCUCUGAACGAGGAGGAGGGCGACCCGCAGGAUCACGGCCGAGCUGCGGACGAAGCUAAGGAGAAACAGGAGAUCCUCAAAGUCUGUCUUGAGGAGAUGCCGCAACAAGUGAAGACCUUCCAGUCCUUCCAGAACCUGGAUGAGUAUGCAAACAUGAUGGUUCCUAGUGACAAGAUGGAUGAACUAAAGAGGAGGUUCACCAGUGUGAGAGUGACUGCUAAAUACCACGGAAUCAAGCUGGAGUACCGGGAGCACCGCCACACUGUGUUGGAUCUGCUAGGGCAGAUCAGGACAAAGCUGCGGGUUUGGAAGAGACCUUACAUCUCCCCAGAGGCUGUCAGGGUGUUGCUGCAAGAAUGGCAUGAUCUGGUAAACACACAGGAGCUACCAUCUUUGCUCGAAGCCGCUCUACAUAAACUGAAGCAGGUUUCUGAGAGAUAUUCAAGCAAAUCUGCCCUUGCUACAGAUUACCACACCGUCAGUCAGCAGGUGACGCAGCUGGAGGAAGACACCGCCAUAGUUUUGGAAGAUGUGACCACAGCCAAGAGCACCAUGGGAAGGGUCCUGUCCGCCUGGGACUCCUACAGCGACGGAUUCAGCUCCCUGCAGGCCUGGCUGGAGCAGAGCUCUGCAUCACACAGCCAUGGCCCCAGACCAGCGGUGACACCUGAUUCAAUGGCUGAGUGGGGAUCCAAACAGGCCCACCUGAAUGAGGUGGGUAACUUCCUGCUGGAGUCCACAGACCCUCACACCAGCAGGAGCCUGGCAGAAGAGCUGCGCAGACUCAACAUGCAAUGGGCCGAGUUCUUCAAGAGAACUGCUUUCGAGUGGCUAAAAGGUUAG